AGGUGAUGAGCCAGGCGGAAGGCCAGCAGAAGAGUCUGGUGCAGUCUAUCGAGUGUCUGCCGACGCGAGGGUCCGUCUCCUGUCUGGAUCAGGACCUGCUACUCCUAAAGGCCACGUCUGCAGCCACGCUAAGCUGCCUCGGAGAAUGCCUGACUAUAUUACAGCAGAGCACCGGACACAACAACAACAGCAGCAGCAGCGCUCUAGUCGCUCACAACCGCGAUAAUGUUCCUGUAUGGACCGUCCCGAAGUCGCCUUCAGGAGAGCGUCUGAGGAACGGCGGCGCUGCAAACCUGUGCUCCACAGAGCCCUCGCCCACCUUCAGGAAGAAAAGCCUGCUGCAGAACACUGAGGAUGGGAUGGAGCUGAUUUCUCCUGAUGAGGAGGUGCUGGAUUCAGACGAUAACACUGAGGAGGAUCUGGGAGUUCUGGAGGAGGAGCGGAGCGUCAUUCUGCAUCUGCUGUCUCAGCUCAAACUGGGCAUGGACCUCACACGGGUUGUUCUUCCCACAUUCAUCCUGGAGAAGCGUUCACUGCUGGAGAUGUAUGCGAACUUUAUGGCUCACCCGGAUCUGUUUCUGUCCAUCUCUGCUGGCGUCACGGCGGAGGAGCGGAUGGUGCGCUUCGUGGAGUAUUACAUGACCGCCUUCCAUGAAGGACGCAAAGGAGCCGUCGCCAAAAAACCCUACAACCCGGUGCUGGGCGAGACCUUCCGCUGCUCAUGGGAGGUGCCUCAAGAGAAAGUCCGCCCUCUGAGGACUCCAGGGACUGGGCCCAAGGAGACGGCCAAUGAGGAGGGGGUGGGGGCGGAGUCGGAAUGUUACAGGGUGCAUUUUGUGGCAGAGCAGGUUUCCCAUCAUCCUCCGGUGUCUGCGUUUUACUGUGAGUGCGCGGAGAGAGGGAUGUGCGUAAACACACACGUCUGGACCAAGAGCAAGUUCAUGGGCAUGUCUGUCGGAGUCUCCAUGGUGGGAGAAGGUGUGUUGUACCUGCGGGAUCACGGCGAGGAGUACGUGUUCACUUUCCCCAGCGCGUUCGCCCGCUCCAUCCUCACUGUGCCCUGGGUGGAGCUCGGAGGAAAAGCCACCAUCAGCUGCGCCAAGAGCGGAUACUCGGCCAGCGUCACCUUCCACACCAAACCCUUCUACGGCGGGAAACUGCACAGGGUGAGCGCAGAAGUGAAGCAGAACUCCAGCGGGACGGUGGUGUGUAAAGCUCAGGGCGAGUGGAACGGGACGCUGGAGUUCACAUACAGCAGCGGAGAAACCAAAGUCAUCGACACUACAAAACUGCCCGUCAUCAGGAAGAGGAUUCGGCCAGUGGAGAAACAGAGCCGCAGAGAGUCCAGGCGUCUCUGGCAGCACGUGACUGAAGCGCUGAAAGAAGGAAACGUGGAUCUGGCCACCGAACACAAGCAUCUGCUGGAGGAGGACCAGCGCUCGGAGGAGAAACAGAGAGCUGCCGACAACAUGCCCUGGAAACCCAAAUACUUCAGCAAAGAGGGUGAUGGAUGGGUCUACAUAAACCCGCUGUGGAAAACACACUGAGAUAAAUGACAAACUGCCGAUCGGACAAACACAGGGACUGAAAACUAACUGGAGCCACAUGCUGGACUAUAAUGAAGCAUUCUGAUGCAUCACUGUACAGAAAUCAAUAUGUGUAUAAACACAGACACCUAGAAUAGACCUUUUAUACACUUGUAUAAAUUGUAUUAUUUUUCACGAUUAUCUUAACCAAGCCUUUGUGGAUAUUUAUUUCACAUGUACAUGGUAUUAAUGUGAUCUGCCAUUUAGAUGAUUUAACAACGAGAUUGUGGACAAGAUGUUCAUGUUUAAGAUUUACAUCUUAAAAGCAGCUCAUAAUUCACCCCAAAAAUCAAAAGGAAAAAAGUUUUAUUGGAUUUAAAAACUAUCUAUGUGUGUAAAAUCAAUAUAUAAUGAAUAAUUACACUUACAAAAUAUUUUUGCACUGUGAAAUCUUAAUCAAUAUUGAAUAUUUCCCAGCAGAAUUAUCAUUAUGCCAGUAAAGUAUUUUAUUACCAUUAGAUAAUAAAUGCCUAUUGUAUAUAAACAUAACUUCAAAGUAACACAACAAAGUAUAAAGAAAUUAUGGUUAAAUAAUAAGGUUUCUUGUUUAGUUUUUUCCACCAUGUCAUAUUUGUUUUCCUCUGACAUAUUAACAACUAUUGAAAGGUUUCAGGUCUUUAAAUAAAAUGUUAUAAUAAACCCUAAACCAACACUAUAUAAAAAUACUGGGUUGUCAUAACCCAAUUUUUUUUUAAACAACUUUAACUUUUAACCUACUUUUUUUAUUACACUUUUAUUCUCAUUUGACCCAAUGUUGGGUUAUAACCAGCAUUUUUCAAUAUAAUAAGAUACAUAAGUAUUUGGGGGUGAAAUAUGGCCUGAUUUCUGACAGAUUUCUCCAGAUGAUCUGAUGUUUUGAGAUGAGGAAAUGAAGAUUAAAGAGAUGAAACCCGCUGUGUUUUUAUUAACAGGUGAGCUGAUGAUGGUCUGACUGAGGUAAAUGCUAAAUAAAUGGCCGUCGCUGGUCAAUCAAUA